CUCCAUUAUCAUAAGAACAUUAAGAGAUCAAGAAGAUCCAUUCCAAUCCAUGGCCAUGAUCAUCACAAGCUGCAGGUUUCUUGUAAUUUCACUGAUCAUCGCCUCGUCACUCCUCAUCGAUCAAACCGCGAUACUAGUACUGGCUGAUGUCGACGUCGAUGAUCAUGCAUUUUGCGACCCGAAAUGUGACGCGAGGUGCUCGAAGGCAGGGAGGAAGGAUAGGUGUCUUGAGUACUGUGGGAUAUGCUGUAGAGAUUGCCAUUGUGUUCCUUCAGGAACCUAUGGUAAUAAGGAUGAGUGCCCUUGUUACAGGGACAAGAAGAACUCCAAGGGACAGCCCAAGUGCCCUUAACUCCAUUUUCACCAAAAGAAAAAGUAAAGUGCCUUUAAAGUAAAUCUAAUAACAUAUAUAUGCAUUGCAUAUAUACUAUGUUGCGUAUACAUGUAUCC